GGACAAGAAGACGAUGAACAACUACUUGGUUCCAGCAUUCCUAAAAGGCUUCUGCGAAUCUUCGCACGAAACGCGCUUCGGCCCGGCCCCCCAACCCGCUGCGAGAACCCAGGCUCUUAGUGCCCGCGACGCGGUGGCGAUUCCCGUAGUUCAGCAUCCCCUGAGUUCUUGUAGAACGACACCAACGCAGCCUACUUGCGAACACAGUGUUCUUGCACAGUCUGGUGGUCGUGUCGACUCCAGUGGUCUACUACUCCCGAAGAUGACGGUUGGUGACGACGAGAACCUGCUUCCGCUUGGCGAACUACUAGAAGUUGAGGACCAAAAAUCAACCGUCGGAGACUGUGAAGAAAAACCCAGCAAGAAGCGACAGGUAAACACCUGCGGAACGGUAUGCCAGAGAAAAACUAGAAAGCUAGAAUAGCUGCACAUCUGUAAACUGCAAAAGUCACAAACUAGUAAACAGAUCUGUCAUUGGCGAGCCCGUAGCAGGCUGCUGUUUAGGAAAUACAAUCGUUGAUUUUUUCGUAGUAGAUCUUCCAUGCUCGCAAUUCAAAUAUGAUAUUUGCUGCUGCUAGUUUUUUUUGUGGCAUAAGCAGGCGCCGACGGCAUCUACGCUUCCGUGGAGCUGAAGCAGGGUUACGCUGAAGUCUGGCGCAGCAUCUUAUGCACAUGCGAUAAUAUGUCUUGGUCUGGAAGAGAACAACAAGGUUUGUCAUGCUUAUUUGGCGACACUAGCGAAAGCGAUACAGCCCUCUCACUUUGGCAUGCUAUGAAGAUGCGAUAAAUUCAUGCGGUUUACGGAACAAGACAUCGCAGCCUAGAAAUUUUUCAUUCGUAACUCCAAAGAAGCUACCAGCCACACAUGAUGUAGCAUCUCAAAGUUCCACACGACCCAGAUGUGUUUGCAGUGCAUGCUUGUGGGGCGAAAGCGAAAAAGACGAGGAUUGGUUCUUCGGCGAUCUUGAUGAAAAAAAGAAGGAGCGG